AUGCUGUGGGAAGACAUUGCUCAGCGUAAGCAGAAUGCAAUUGUUGCUGCUAUUCCUGAAGAAUGGCGAGACUCGCUGUUAAAGGCGAAAAUGGAUGCUUCUGGUGAAGUCAACACGAAUAUUUACUUGGAUAGUGUGCUUCCAGAGAACGAGAAGGCUAUCACGCACCUUUCGUUGGUUGAGCUUCAGCACAAGCUAGCUCUGGGGCAGGUGACGGCAGUGGAGGUGGUCAGGGCUUAUUGUUUUGAAUUGCUGCUCGGAUAUUUUUUUGACGAGGCGUUGGAGAGAGCCAGGGAGCUUGAUGAAAAACGGUCUGAAGGUGGGGUGGUGGGUCCUCUUCAUGGUAUUCCCAUUUCUUUGAAGGAUCAGGUGGACUUGGUCGGGAAGGACUCCACGUUGGGGUACGCGUCUUUGGCUGGGAAACCUAAACAGAAGAAUGCGUUGAUUGCUGAUCAAUUGUUAAAGGCUGGAGCUGUCUUUUACGUGAAAACGGCUGUGCCUAGUUCGUUGAUGGCUUCUGAGACUUACUCUAAUCUCAAUGGCUAUACUACAAACGCUUUGCAUCUGGAGUUUUCUGCUGGCGGGUCUUCAGGUGGUGAAGGCUCUUUGAUCGCUGCUGGUGCUUCUGUCUGUGGAUUAGGUACUGAUAUUGGAGGAAGCAUCAGGAUUCCAUCCUGUUUCCAGGGCUUGUAUGCUUUGAAACCUGCAAAUGGCCGUUUGUCAUAUAUGAAUGUCACAAACGCUACAAGUGGCCAGGAAUGCGUUGUAUCUUCAAUUGGCCCAAUGGCACGUUCUUUGCAGGAUGUCAAGUACGUUACCAAAGUGCUAGUGGAUCUGGAGGGUUGGAAUUGGGAUCCCAAGGUACUUGCUGUACCAUGGAAAGAGGUUCCACAAAAGAAAUUUGUCAUUGGCAUGUGGCAUUCGUGCCCUGAGCUUAAGCCUCAGCCUCCGGUGGUAAGAGCGCUUGAGGAAACGAAAACAGCCCUACAAAGAGAAGGACACGAGGUGAUUGAUAUAGAGCUUCCGAUGCUGUUGAAAGCGCUUGCCACGGCUACAAAAGUUUACGUUGCAGAUGCUGGUAAAGAGGCAUUCGGCGAGUGUGCAAAAACAGGCGAGACCUUAAUCAACGCGGUUCAAAUUUGUGUUCCUUGGGAAACCUUUGAUAAGCCUCUUUCUGUGAAUGAGUGGUGGGAUUUGUGCAACGAGUCGUACGAGAUCAAGCAGGCCUUCUACGCUUACUGGCAGCAAACAGCAGAAUGGACCACUUCCAAGAGACCCAUCGAUGCUAUUAUCUGUCCUAUUUGGCCAGUACCGGCUGUUCCUAAGCAUGGCCCCAAUACAGAAAACUACACCAUUCCGUUCAACCUAUUUGACUGUGCAAGUACUGUGGUGCCAGUAGCCAAAGUCGACAAGCAUAAGGACGCCAAAAACGACGCUUUCAAGGCUCUGAACGAAGCAGAACAAAGCGUUCAUGAUAUCUACGACCCGGAACGGUACCACGGCAUGCCUGUGUGUCUCCAGGUAGUGACCAAGAAGCUCGAAGAGGAAACACUGUUGGCAGUAGCAACAGCAUGCGAUAACGCCGUCAACAGCCACUAG